AUGGCAUGCCCAAAUUUUGACACUCUCAGAGACCUACACAACUCCGCCAAUAACCUUCUCCACUCCCCGGUGAUCCAACAAGCUCUCAUCAACGACGUCGGACAGGAGAAAUGGGUUCAUCAAGUGUCAGAAGCGUCUCUAAGAAUGCUGGAUGUGUGCGGCAUUUCCAAAGACAUUCUUUCGGUCGUGAAAGAACAUCUCCAAGACCUUCAAACCAUGUUGCACCGAGGAAGCAGCAGCGGAGAAGCGGACAAAUGUAACAAGAUUGCAGCCUACAACUGCUACAGGACGAAGCUAAAGAAGGAGACGCUCAAGUGCUUGAAAUAUCUCAAAGGAAUAAGGAACAGGUCCAAUUCUAAUUCUUCACAAGUAUAUAUGGACUACAACCUUAUGGUAGUUGUAGACGUGCUCAGUCAAGUGAGGGUGACUGCCGUUUCAAUUGUGGAGACUCUUUUGUCCCUGAUUUCCGUACCAUGGCUGGAGCAGAAAUCAUCGGCUUACUUCCAGUUCAUGUCCAAGUUUAUGCGUGUGAGUGGCCGCCAACGAGUGUACGUACGAUGCAUGCGAUGCGACGGCGCUUCAAAGUGCGAACAAAAGAUUGGACGCUGUCGAGAUUGCCGUUCAAGACCUUGA